AUGAAAUGUUCCUUCCAUUCCCCCUUCUUUAUACUUUCGUCCACCCCUUUCCUUUUCUUCCUACCCCUAUUCACUAUUUCCCACACCCUAUUUUCCGUUUUUGCCUCUGCCACCUCCCUUACCAGCCUCUCCCUCUCCUCCUCCCUCUUCCUAUCGCACAGCUCCUUAUACUCCCCCCUCCUUCUCUUUCUAACUCUUGCACCCUCGCCUCCCGCUCCUCCCCCUCUCUCUCCCCGCCCUCCUUCUCCCCUCGUCCCUCCCCUGCCCUUCCUGCCACCAGCUCCUCUACCUUCUCCUCUACCCUCUUCCACCUAA